AUGCAGUAAUCGGACCCAAUGUGCAGUUGUUGCUGGCCCUGAUGUGUUUCCAGACCCUUGCCCUGGGACCUACAAGUACCUGGAAGUGCAGUACGAAUGUGUCCCUUACAAAGUGGAACAAAAAGUUUUUCUUUGCCCUGGACUGCUGAAAGGAGUAUACCAGAGCGAACACUUAUUCGAAUCCGACCAUCAGUCUGGUGCCUGGUGCAAGGACCCUCUGCAGGCGUCUGACAAGAUCUACUACAUGCCCUGGACUCCGUACCGGACCGACACGCUGACGGAGUACUCCUCCAAGGACGACUUCAUUGCCGGGAGGCCAACCACGACCUACAAGCUCCCACACCGGGUAGAUGGCACAGGGUUCGUGGUGUACGACGGGGCUUUGUUCUUCAACAAGGAGCGAACCAGGAACAUAGUCAAGUUUGACUUGCGGACAAGGAUAAAAAGUGGGGAGGCUAUCAUAGCUAAUGCAAAUUACCAUGACACCUCUCCCUACCGCUGGGGAGGCAAAUCUGACAUAGACCUGGCUGUGGAUGAGAACGGGCUGUGGGUAAUCUAUGCAACAGAACAAAAUAAUGGCAAAAUAGUCAUUAGCCAGUUAAACCCUUACACAUUAAGGAUUGAAGGGACGUGGGAUACGGCCUAUGACAAGAGGUCAGCGUCUAACGCCUUCAUGAUCUGUGGGAUUUUAUACGUGGUGAAGUCUGUGUACGAAGAUGACGACAAUGAAGCCACAGGAAAUAAAAUAGACUACAUAUAUAACACUGACCAAAGCAAGGAUAGCAUGGUGGAUGUGCCCUUUCCAAACUCCUACCAGUACAUUGCUGCUGUGGAUUAUAAUCCCCGGGACAACCUCCUUUACGUGUGGAACAACUAUCACGUCGUGAAAUAUUCCUUGGAUUUUGGCCCGCUGGACAGCAGAGCAGGGCAGGCUCACCAUGGGCAGGUUUCAUACAUUGCCCCACCGAUCCACCUCGAUUCGGAUCUGGAGAGACCGCCGUCCAAGGGAGUAUCAACAUCAGGGGCUCUGGGCCCGGGGAGCACCACUGCCAGCACCACGCCACGGGUGGCCACCAGCAGCACCGGCCGCCCCACCACCACCUCGGCCUCGGGCAGGAGGAACAGGAGCACCAGCACGCCGUCACCCAUGGCUGAUGUCCCUGAUGAAAUGACCACACACCUCCCGCCCGCCUCCUCCCAGCUGCCGCCAGCUGGCGCAGAGAGCUGCGACCCUGUGGAAGCCCGCGAUAUUAUGUGGUCUCGCACGCGGCAGGGCCAGAUGGCGAAGCAACCGUGUCCUAUGGGCUCGAUAGGUGUUGCAACUUUCCGGUGUCUUGCACCAGAUGGAAUCUGGGAGCCCCAAGGACCUGAUCUCAGUAACUGUUCUUCUCCCUGGAUCAACCACAUCACUCAGAAGAUGAAGUCCGGGGAGAUGGCUGCCAACAUUGCCCGGGAGCUUGCAGAGCACACAAAAAACCACUUGUACGCUGGUGACAUCGCGUACUCUGUGUCCGCCAUGGUCCAGCUGGUGAACUUGCUUGACGUGCAGCUCCGAAACCUGACUCCGGGCGGGAAGGACAGUGCUGCACGCAGCUUAAAUAAGCUUCAGAAAAGGGAGCGCUCUUGCAGGGCCUAUGUCCAGGCCAUGGUGGAGACUGUGAACAACCUCCUGCAGCCACAGGCUCUGAACGCAUGGAGGGACUUGAAUGCAAGCGAACAGCAGCGCGCCGCCACCAAGUUACUCGACACUGUGGAGGACAGUGCCUUCGUGCUGGCUGAUAACCUGCUGAAGACAGACAUUGUCCGGGAAAACACUGACAACAUCCAGCUGGAAGUAGCGAGACUAAGCACAGAUGGGAAUCUGGAAGAUCUGAAGUUUCCCCAGAACAUGGGCCAUGGGAGCGCCAUUCAGCUGUCGGCAAAUACCUUGAAACAAAAUGGUCGAAACGGUGAAAUCAGGGUGGCUUUUGUUCUGUACAACAACCUGGGCACCUAUCUUUCCACGGAGAACGCCAGCAUGAAGUUGGGAACAGAGGCAAUGUCGACUAAUCACUCCGUCAUUGUCAACUCACCUGUCAUCACAGCAGCAAUAAACAAAGAGUUCAGCAAUAAGGUUUACCUAGCUGAUCCCGUGGUGUUUACAGUCAAGCACAUCAAGCAGUCAGAAGAAAAUUUCAAUCCAAACUGUUCAUUCUGGAGCUAUACAAAGCGUACAAUGACAGGGUAUUGGUCCACCCAGGGAUGUCGCCUCCUGACAACUAACAAGACGCACACCACGUGCUCCUGCAAUCACCUGACCAACUUUGCGGUCCUGAUGGCACACGUGGAAGUUAAGCACAGUGAUGCAGUCCAUGAUCUUCUCCUGGACUUUAUCACAUGGGUUGGCAUCCUGCUCUCACUGGUCUGCCUCCUCAUCUGCAUCUUCACCUUCUGCUUCUUCCGUGGGCUGCAGAGUGACCGCAACACAAUUCACAAGAACUUGUGCAUCAGCCUCUUUGUGGCAGAACUCCUCUUCCUCAUCGGUAUCAACCGGACUGACCAGCCGAUUGCCUGUGCCGUCUUUGCUGCCCUCCUGCACUUCUUCUUCCUGGCAGCUUUCACCUGGAUGUUCCUGGAGGGAGUGCAGCUCUACAUCAUGCUGGUGGAGGUUUUCGAGAGCGAACACUCCCGGAGGAAGUACUUCUAUUUGGUCGGCUAUGGCAUGCCUGCGCUAAUUGUGGCCGUAUCAGCAGCGGUGGACUACCGGAGCUAUGGCACAGACAAAGUAUGUUGGCUCCGACUUGACACCUACUUCAUUUGGAGCUUUAUAGGACCAGCGACCUUGAUAAUUAUGCUUAAUGUCAUCUUCCUUGGGAUCGCUCUCUAUAAAAUGUUUCAUCAUACUGCCAUACUGAAACCCGAAUCUGGAUGUCUUGACAAUAUCAAGUAA